AUGCAAGCAAUAGAUCCAAAAUACAAACAACUGCAUCCACAGAGUUCAGCACCAAGUACAGAUUUUAUAGAUAAUCCUUGGUUUCGUCAUUUAAGACCAUUUACACAAGAAGAUAAAAAUAAUAUCAAACUUUCACUCAUCCAAGAUGAUAUACAGAAAUUGAAAAUGAUAAAGAGUUGGUUCAAGAAACCUAGAGUACAAUUUUUAUGGUUGAAUGAUUAUUUUUGGUGUGUAGGAGAUCAAGAGCAACUCAUCAAAGAGGCUAUCAGAGCAAGUGUGUCACUCAUGGUCAGCUCGGUUGGAGAAAGAAAGAUAUUUAUCUAUUUCAGGGUAUCUUUAAAAACUGGACUCAACGUAGCUGGUAUUCUCUACGAUCAACAUGAAGGAAAAGAGAGAGCCAGCAAAGGAAAACCAAAGGUUAUCUUUCAAAACCUCACAGAUUUAGAGUCAAAGAAACCAAACACCUAUUUUAUAGCUUCAAGAGACCCUAAAGGUAGAAUAGUUUUCACACCACUCAAAUCAUUUUUGGAAACAUUCAACUCAUACAUUCCACAUUGUCCACAAGUACCAGUUAGUUUUAAAGACUUGUGCGCUCUGGAGGAAAAGCCUCUUAGACAAUUUAUCAAAAGGUCUAAAAAAAGAAGUCUACUUUAUACAAAAGGAUAUAUUUGUCCUUUUAAAAAUUUCCCAAGAGGACAUUAUCCUGUCGAACAAGAUCCAUACAUUAGAGAAGUUUAUAUUCCCAAGUUUAUGGAAUUGAAUAAUAAUAAUAAUAAUAAUAAUAAUAAUCAACAAAAGAAUAAUAGAUCAUUUGCAUUUUUAAAAUUCAGUUCAACACCAGACCAUCUAACAAUGGUAAUUGUCAAAAGGAAUGAGGAUGGUGAAUUUGAUAUUAGUUUUUACAAACCUCCUGAAGACUAUCAUUCAGAGAUGUGUAAAGUAUCAAUACCAACAACGCAAGAGAGUGCGUCUGAUCAAUUAUUUGGACUUGCAAGAAUCGUCCCCUCUCUUCCAGUUUUUUACCAAGCUUAA